GGCGGGGGCGGGGCCGCAGCCAGGCCCCGCCCGGGGGGGGCCGGCCCGGUCCCGGUCCCGGUCCCGGUCCCGGUGGCGGCGGGCGGUGGCGGGGCCAUGGCCAAGGCCUACGACCACCUCUUCAAGCUGCUGCUGAUCGGGGACAGCGGCGUGGGCAAGACGUGCCUCGUCAUCCGCUUCGCCGAGGACAACUUCAGCAGCACCUACAUCUCCACCAUCGGGAUCGACUUCAAGAUCCGCACUGUGGAUAUAGAUGGGAAGAAGAUCAAGCUGCAGGUCUGGGACACGGCGGGACAGGAGCGCUUCAAAACCAUCACCACGGCCUAUUACCGCGGAGCCGUGGCCUUCCGCACGCUGGCUCGGGACAUCCUGCACAAAUCCUUCCGGAAAGGCCCCCCUGGCAGCAGCAGCAGGGCCCUGCUGGAGCCCGGGCCCCCCCGGAAGGCCGGCGGGAGAUGCUCCCUGGGAUAGGGGCUCGGGACCUCCCCGAGACCCCCGGGGCAGCGCAGGCGCCUCUCCGGAGGGAUCUGGGGGGGAAUUCGGGGGGAUUUGGGGCUGCCCCCCUCUCUCCUUGUGCCAUAAAGCCCCGCUGUGCCUUG